CAAAACUCUGAACUCUCAUAAGAAAUGGGAAACAAGGGAACAAAACUACAUCCAAAGACCAUAGGGGAACUACAGAAACAUCUGGGAUCAGACCUAACAGACGAAGAUAUCAAGUUGUGGUACAAAGAUUUUAAGGAGUCUUUGACGCCAGGUAAAGCACAGCUCACGAGGAAAGACUUUAUUGAAGUGUACGAUAAAAUUUUUUCUGGGGAUGCGAGAGAGUUCGCAGAGCACGUGUUUCGCACGUUCGACACAGACGGGAAUGGAAUGGUGGAUUUUCAGGAAUUUGUGGUGGGACUGUUUGUGUCCAGUUCUCAAGAGAUGGACAAAAAAUUGGACUGGGCCUUCCGCGUGUAUGACAUCAACGGAGAUGGGUUUAUCACCAAAGACGAGAUGAACAAGAUCAUUACGUCUAUCUGUAAGAUGACGACCUCCACCGUAAAGUCUGUAGAGGAGCUCACACAUGAUAUCUUCUCUGACAUGGACAUAAAUAGGGAUGAGAAAAUCAGUCGUGAAGAAUUCCUGCACGGUGCCUCCAAGAACGACUUCGUUAUCAAGCUACUGCAACCCGAUCCCGACUCUUAACAUUCCUUACAGAAGACAGCCACCAUGAAUGGUAAUGGAUACACGGUGUUUAAAUAAACGCAGCAAAAUAAUAUUUACAUACCGUGUACAAAGAAACACUUGUCCUGAACAGCCAAUAAAGGCACCCAAGUUCGGAGAUGAUAUGUUGUGCCAAGUUUAAAUCUAUGUAUUUGACAAUUCUUUUUUUUUUCAUGUUCCACUGCUACCGGGAUCAUCUCAAUAGUUCAAUUAUGUGCAAUGGUUUUCUUUGAAUAGAAGUUUGAAAUAAAUAUAUUGGUGAUCAAAGGAA